GCUUCUACUUGGCGACGUCGGUGGCUGCGAAGAGGACGCGUUUGGAGAGCUCCGCUUUUUGCGCACGGGAGAGUUUAGCGCACUGGGGGGACUUGCUCGUUUGGCGCUGCUGCGGCUGCCGAUUCCGCUCCGGAGGCUCCUACUGCUGCUGCUGCGGCUGGCCCAGCGUCGCUUUUCGCCCGGCAGGCGGCUUGGCGUUGUGCGCCCGGCUGCCUCUCCAUCGCGCGCUCCAGGCACCGUGCGCUCCCGGCUGGCCCGUGCCUGGCUCCUGGGCCCCGCUGCUGGGGCGCCCCGCUCUUCCCGGCCGGCUCUACUCGCGCGCCGCCGAUGCUGAACAUGAGCGAGGAGCACUCCAAAGCCCUGGAGGCGCCGGGCAGCCCCGCGGGCACGGCCAGCUCCAUGUCCCACGUGGACUCGGACUCGGACGCGCCGUCGUCGCCCGCUGGCUCGGAGGGGGCCCCGGGGGCGCCCUCGGCUUCUUCGCAGCGACCCGGCGGCGGCCCCAAAGGCGAGCCGGGCGACGUGGACGAGCGCUUCCCGGCGUGCAUCCGCGACGCCGUCUCGCAGGUGCUGAAGGGCUACGACUGGAGCCUGGUGCCCAUGCCCGUCCGCGGCAACGGGGCGCUGAAAGCCAAGCCGCACGUCAAGCGGCCCAUGAACGCCUUCAUGGUGUGGGCGCAGGCCGCCCGGCGGAAGCUGGCUGACCAGUACCCGCAUCUGCACAACGCCGAGCUCAGCAAGACGCUCGGCAAGCUGUGGCGGUGAGUGGCCGGGCCGGGGCGCGCGGGGCUGGGCUGGACGGGGCUGGACGGGGCGGACGAAGCGCAGCAGCCCGCGGUGGGGAGAGAAGUCGCGCCUGCGAGGGCAAGACGCGCAGAGAACGGAAAGGUGACGGCCAGGGACCUUUCCCUUUAAAGUUAACGCGCCCCGACGGGAAUGAAUGGGAGUUACUUCCAAGGAAUACACUCAAGUAAAUGGUGUGGGAUUCCAGUCCUAAACAGAUUGAUGACAAAUUAAUUGCAUUAGAACACCAGUGGGAGUAUUUAAAAAAAACAAAAAAAGCGAAGUUUUAAGAUUGGGAUAGCCUUCCCUUUUUUUCGGGGGAGGAGUGUAUGUUACAUUUUUUGCUUUCCCCGCAGCACUUAGGCAGCAGACCUCAAACCCGUCUUAAAAUCGUGUUACUUUUUGGUCUGCUAUUGUAUUUUAUCUUAUCUUAUCCCUCCCAUUCCCCCUUUUAGCAAAAGGUAGCCCAAGGUGCUCCAGUAAAUAUAAUGUCAUGGCAGAGUGGGUUUGAACCCUGUUCUCCCAGUUCCUACUCUGACACACCAUUUCUUUAUGCUUGCUGUAGUGUGGUUGGAAAACUUUCCAGACAUUUAACGGUGUAUGAAUUUAAGUACAUAAAUUAAGACUUUAUGGGUAUUAAGGCCCCUUUGGAGAGAUUAGAUGGUGUUCAAUUUCUCUCUCCCCAAACCUAUCCUUAAUGUAGAUGGAGUAGGGUUCAUUUGAACUCAAUUUCAUGUUUGUUUUUCUGGAUCUCCAGAUUUGAAGAAGGUGAAACAUAAACUGGGGGUGGGGGGAGGCAUCUGAGCUUUUUAAAAAAUUCCAUCAAACCCAUCUUAUUUCUUCCCAAUUAAAAUUAGUAGAGCUCUCCCCUCCCCCAGCAUUUUGUGUCGGAAAAAAUUAAUUCCGUUGAAGUUUGUGCUGCUUGUAAGAGAGACUGAUUAGGAAGUGGGGGAAACGGACUGAAAAAAACAGGGAGGUCAUAGGAGUCACUUUUUGUGAGCAUUAUGGAGUUAGUGAUGUCUCUUCCCAAAGGAGCACUGUAUGAAACAUUUCCUAACCAUUCCCAAGUUUCGAAUCACCUGGGGUGUCUCUUGCUGUUACAGUGGGGGGCCCAGUAGAGUCUCCAGCAGCUCUUCGGCUGAUAAAUCCCAAAGUCCGGGAACACCUGGUGGAAAUCAAAGGCACAGGCAGCAUAAUGAGGGACAGCUGGUGUGGAGGGGGGGGAGAGAGAAAGAAACAUCAAGGUUCAAAUCAGGGACAUUUCUGCUACUUGAAAGGCAUGCACUUUAAACCUACCCACCACCAAAGCACCCCCAAAUUCCCCCAAACUUCUCCAGGCUGCCUCUUCUGUCUUGGCAAUUCUGAUGGUUGCUGAGAGCAGCAUGGAUCUCAGUUGUGCCUCACUGCCUGGGUGGAAAAGCAUGUGAGGUGUGCUACGGCAUUGCUUUCAAGGCCGCAGUGGCCUCCUAGCAACCUUGUAGCAUCCAGCUGUCUGGUUGCGUGGGCGAAAAUCCUACUUAGUGCCCCCCCUUUCCUCCCAAACUUUUCUCUCCCAAAGCAUUGCACACUUUGGAGGGCUAUACCCCCCCCCCAGUAAAUGUGGUAUUAAAAGGGCACACUCCUCAGAGCUGUGAAGGGCCCACUAUUCAAAUAUUCUUGUUUUUCUUUAGAGGCUUUGGGAAUUGGGUAUGAUUUAGUUCAAUAACCCAAUGGGUUAUUUCUUGGCUCUGCCAGUUUUUCUCCUCCUGUUUCGGAAGAAAUAGCUAUCAAUCUAUUACUUAUUUCCUAUUAUUAUUUAUUUAAAAAUUCAAAACUUUAAUUAGUGCCAGUAAUGUGUGAACAGGAUGCGGGCCAAACCCAGACUGGCUCAUCUGGCUCAGUGAAGUCUGCCCUGACAGGCAGCAGCACUCCAGGGUUUUGGGAAUACUCCUUUGCAUUUUUUAAAGACCCAUUUCAUUGCCUCUUCAUAAGGAAUAGAAGAGCGCCAUUUUCAUGUCAAAAACAAGAGUCUCAUGGAACCUUCGUAGGCUGAAAUAUUUCAUCUGCAGGUCUGUGCCUGUAAAGCCUAUGCCUAACAAUUCUGUUGGUUUUUACGAGGUGCCACAGGAGUUUGUUUUGUCUCUUGGUUAGUGUCUAUUUUCCUCUCAAGGAUGGCAGUGCUACCCUUGACACCUUUGUGGGUGUGAGAGUGAAUCUGUUGACAUUUCCAUGUGGUAUUUUCAGACCAAGUCUACUUCUGUUAGGGUUUGCUCAUAAGAGGCGUUGGGUUGUUCCGAAGCCUGUGAUUCGGAAAACGAAAGCCAUAGGAAGCGGACUUAUAUUGUUUCAGACUGUUUGGUCCACCUAGUUCAGUAUUGUCUAUGCUGUCAAGGGUUUCAGAAAUAAUUCACUUCCAGCCCUACCUGGGGAUUGAACCGAGGACCUUUUACAUGAAAAACAGAUGCUUAUCCACUGAGCUAUGGCCGUUUCCCAUUUGGACAUUGGGUGUGUGGCAACAGGGUAAAGUUGUGUUAAAGCUACUGCAUUUUCCUUCAGGCUCCUGGACUACUAAACUUGAACCCUUGGUUAGAAAUGUCAACACUUUAAAAAAAAAGGUUUUAAUGAUACCUUCAUGUAACCAAUUACCGUAUUUUUCGCUCUAUAAGACACACCAGACCACAAGACGCACCUAGUUUUUGGAGGAGGAAAACAAGAAAAAAAAUAUUCUGAAUCUCAGAAGCCAGAACAGCAAGAGGGAUCGCUGCGCAGUGAAAGCAGCAAUCCCUCUUGCUGUUUUGGCUUCUGGGAUAGCUGCGCAGCCUGCAUUUGCUCCAUAAGACGCACAAACAUUUCCCCUUACUUUUUAGGAGGGAAAAGUGAGUCUUAUAGAGCAAAAAAUAUGGUACUUUGAAGGAAUAACAAAUAUAAAUCCUGAAUGAAAAAUGCAACUGGUACCACCUCCCAGUGCCACAUUUUUUUUUAUUUUUUAAAAACCUUACUUGCAUUAUUAUUAAUGUAAAUAAUUAUUCGAUGGUACUAGUACAGAGCAGUCUCAACUCUCUCCUUUUACUUUGAAGGGAUAAGGAAAUGGGGGAGAAGGUCCCCCCCCCCAUUCCGUAGCCACUGAACUUAAUGAUAGUAGAAUCAUAAAAUUGAUCAUUCUAGUCCCACCAUGCGUUCUCUCCAGGUUGUAAUAAUCAAAUUGACUGUGCCGUAUUUACUGCAUGCGGUUUUAAGGCUGUGGCAAAGGGUCUAAAAGAAGUAGAAUGCCUGCAGCAAAUAGACGAAGCAGCAGCGACUGACCUGGCCAGUCCUCGUGGAAUAUCAAACUGCGUAGCAAAAAUAAAUCGUGCCAGCAGUAACUGUUGACUUGGCUUCGUCAGAUUAGUGAACCACCUUUGCAAUCUGCCAGCGCUUUCCUUCUAGAUUAUUUGCUCAUGUUUUCUCAGUAGCUGCUGCAAAGAAUGUAAUUUGAUAAGAUGGUAAUACUACAACAUAGUACUGAUACAGUCCAUUUCAAGUGUGGUGCCUAUAUUAUCUCUGCAUUAAUCUUUGCCACAGCUGCAUAAGGUAGUCCAGUAUUAUUAUUCCCAUAUUGCAGAGGCUGUGGCUGAGAGAAUAGUGGCUUGCCCAAAAAAAUCUCCCUACUGAGUUUAUUAUGACUCAAGUGAAAUUUCAUCGAGGGUUCUUCGUCGCUCACAGCUCAUUCCUUUAACAAUUGCCUGUUCUGUGAGCCCCACCAGACUGGUGAUCUUCAGCAUGCCGUUGACUCAACAGUAGUGCAUUAGUGGUGGUUAAAUACUGGACCAUCCAAACGUCAUUUUGCUGUAGCAGUAGCUCUGUGAUGGCUCCCCAGUUUUAUUGCACUCUUGCAUUAUAGCACUGCAAAAGCAGGAGACACGCCCUGAGACAUUUGUGGCAUAAAAAGUUACAGGAUUUCAGGAGGAAGCUACAGAGUAUGCGCAGAUUGGAAACACAGCAGUGCAUCUGCCCCAAGACUUUUGCGGGCACAAACAGCAUUGAAAGUGCGAUCACAUGCAGUGUAACUGGCCUAGUGUCGUCAAUGUUAAAUGAAAAGGACAUCUGUCUGCAUUUGAUGCAUGUGCUGGGCACCGUUUCUGGGAUAGUUGCAUGAUCAACAUAUGUGCUUGGAGUCUAGUGUAAGAGGUGGAGGGGAUACCAUGAGUCAUUUGGUCCAGCCCCUUUUCAUAACGCUGGAAAUCUAUAACAUCAUUGUCAGAAGCUAACCCUUUUUGUUCUUGGAAGGGGAUUGUGAUUUUUGCAUUUCUCCGAGCUGUUCUGCUUAAUAUUCCCUCUGAGGCUAAAGCUCCCCUUACAUCAAAGUAGGUACCAGUGAAUAUAGUGGAGCCAGUCCACAAGCAUAUAUUCCUGAGGGAUAGCUUGGUUGGUAGAGCAUGAAACUCUUAAUCCCAGGGUUGUGGGUUCAAGCCCCAUAUUGGGUGAAAGAUCCCUGCAGAUUCCUGCAGUUAGACUAGAUGAUCCUCUUGGUCCCUUCCAAUUCUGUGAAUAAGGUCACCAUGCACACCCAUCUCCCCAAAAGGGACAUGCUGUCGCUCCUUGUUUUAGGAUUGAGUCACUCAUCAGAUGGGCUGUGUGUGUAAAUGGAUCAUCCCACUUCUGAUAACACAUACGACUUUCCCUUCAGUUUUGACACGGGAUGGUUCCCAGUGGAGCUAGUUUGCACCUUGGCUGUCAGUAAGCAAGGCAUCCAAUCAUUUUUACCUAAGUGCAUGUGAAUUAUUGGCCUCUGUUUCCAGGAUGCCUUUAAAAUACUCCUUGUCAACAAGCUGGGAAGUUUGACUUAGUAGCCUAGAGCAGCCAAGUACACUGAUGCAGCCGAUCAACUGACAGCCUUAUUAUUUUAGCUCUUUUUUAAAACAACAACAACAAGAUUAUUGCUCAGAGCAGGACGGGCACAGCUGAAAGCAAUGCAACACACCCCUGGAGCUUUAGGGAGUAGCCUCUUAGUGUCUCUCCUAUUCGACCAGCUGGAUUUGCAUGGAUGCAUUUAUGCAAUGCUUGGCUACAAUGUGCUCUGACGUAUAAUGAGUUUAAAACCUUUGCGGAAUAGUUGUGUGUGCUCGAUCCAGAACCAAAAAGAUGCAGUGUUAAGGUUGGCGGCAUAAUACUACAUAACAGUGCCAUCUGAUGCAAGUUUGCUCGGAAGGCGUACAUUGUUAAAGAGCUAAGUCCAGUGGGGCCUCUUUCCUAGGACUGCAGUUUCAGUAUGUUCCCAGUAAGCACAUGUACCUGAACAUAGGCUGUAUGUGUGUGUCUGUGCGCAUGCACACAUACACUGUAAAGGGAGUGGGCCACAAAUGGAGAAGCCAUGGUAUUGAAACCCGCUCUUUCCUGUUCAAAGCACCAAUAAUGUGUGCGUCCAAAGACUUAUGCACAGUCCGUGUUUAUAGCAAAGGGUUUGGAGUUGUUGUUCGCAUCCCUGUUCAGUGCAGCUCAGCGGCUGAUGGUGGACUGGUCACUCUCUCAGCCUAGCUUAUGGUACGGAAGAUAGAGCGACCAGGAUGCUGUUGCACACUGCCCCAUGAUAGCUGCAGACAAGGUGAAAGAGUAUAUGAAAUAUCCCCCACUGCAAUCCUAUAUAUCACUGUUUUGAUUUAUGCCCCGCUGAGGCAAAUGGACCUUACUCCCAGGUAAAUGAGUCUAGGAUCAUGGCCUCAUUCUCACGGAAUCAGGAAGAAAAGUAAUAUUUGGAUGGAAAGGACAAAAAUUGAGCACUGUUCCUUUUAGAUCAGAGCUGGGCAGAAAGUAGAUCAGGGUCUGUUGGUUGAACUGGGGUGAACUGAAGAUGUCAUGGAUUUCUGGCUUCCAGGAAAUGGACCAUAGGUUAAUUGUAGAGGAUCUCCCUUGCAUGCAGAAGGUGUCAGGUUCAAUCUCUGGCAUCUCUAGGUAGAGCUGUGAGAUACUCGCUGUCUAAAAACCUUGGGCAGCUGCUGCCAGUCAGUGUAGACAAUACUGAGCUAGAUGAACGGAGGGUGUGACUUGGUAUUAGGCAGUUUCCUAUCCAUCUUAGUAUCUUCUAAUUGUUUAAACAAUGGCAACCACAGAGUUACUCUUCUCUUAAACUAUACUGCUGAAAUGAUGAAAGCUGUAUGUGUUCAAUAGGAAUGGCUUUUUGGUUUGGGAGGAAUGUGAGCACAGGUCAGUUUUGGUACUCAAAACCGAAUUCCUGGGCUCAUAAUUCUUUUAUUCUCAGUAAAUGUCUUGAGCAUCUGGCUCCAGUUGAUAGAGCUCUGGGUUCUAGCAAAACACUCAGAGUAGCUCCCGCAAGCGUGAAGUCUGCUCACUCCUGCUAUAAGGUAUUAAAGCGUAGCCAGGGAAAGCUCUUAACGUGCACUCUUUUUUGUUUUUGUGUUUGCAGUUUAAUCUUGAGCAUAUCCAAGGUGAAAUCUGUGCCUUUGAACAUUGCUGUGAAUCUUUGCCUCUCCCUGUAGAACCUGAAACAGCACUCCUGCUUUUGCUCCCAGGUUAAUUUAAUGGGUGAGGUGGUUGCCACAUUGAACUUUUCUGCCCCUGGCACCAAAACCUCUUAUGCUGCCAGCUGUGACUAUUUGUAAUCUAUUGGCAACCGUCUGCAGUCCAGUGAAAUUGGCUGAUAAUUAAUGGUCACUUCUAGCAUCAGUAGCUCCUGAGCUGUAUGACUUACUCGCUAAAGCAAUUUGCAGUUGCUUAACUUUUCCUCUUCCAGUUUGCAAUCCCCCCCCACCUUUAAACGAAGAGAGUCUGUUUUUAACCUUCUGCUGAUCCCAAAUGGAAUUUUUUUUAAAAAACCCAGCAUUUUGGUCUAGUGCCAAACAUGUCAAGGUCCCUCUAGAAGAACCGAAUUAUUUCCCGAGGCUUGGGAGCCUGGAGCCUUUCGGCUGCUGCAAUCGUCUCUCAUAACAGGAACCAUUUCUUUAUUUUUUUGUUCUGCACACAUUUGUGUUUCUGUUCAUCCAGGUGAAUCUCAAGCCAAUCUUCUGGGACAAUGGGGACCUGGUCCCCAAACUAGGGAAUGUCCAGUAUCCCAGUAACUGAUUAGUGUUAUCCAAGGACGCCAGAAUGUAGGAGCAGAAAUUGCUCUUUGUAAACAGAGCAGAGCACGGGAAAGGAUUUGAGAGGGGGAUAUGGGAGGUUUGUUUGGCUCCUGGUGUUGGUGUGUGCGGUUUCAGAUUUCCAUUCCAUCUUACUUCUUUCUCUCCUGUUUAAAAGCAGUGGCGGCACCGGAAAAAAAUUCUUGGAGGGCACAGAAAAGGGCAAAUUAUAUUUCCAGGUGGGCGAGAGAGAAAAACGAUGGCUUAUGUCAAUGACAGGAGUUCAGCAUUCAGGACACUUGCCCCUCUGCCCCCUUUGGGCACCCCUGUGUUUUAAGGUGGCAGAAGCUCAAGGGCAUGGCAUCUGCUUUGCACACAAAAGAACCCAAAUUCAGUCUCCAGCAGCAUCCCCAGGGAGGGCUGGGAAUGUCCUUGUGCCUGAAUCCUUGGAGGGCUGCUGCCAGGCGCUGUAAAGGUAAAGGGAGGGACCCCUGACCAUUAGGUCUGGUCAUGGCAGACUUUGGGGUUGUGGUACUCAUCUUGCUUUAUUAGCCGAGGGAGCCGGCGUACAGCUUCUGGGUUAUGUGGCCAGCAUGACUAAGCCGCUUCUGGCAAACCAGAGCAGUGCACAGAAACACCGUUUACCUUCCUACAGGAGCAGUACCUAUUUAUCUACUUGCACUUUGUGCUUUCGAACUGCUAGGUUGGCAGGAGCAGGGACCGAGCAACGGGAGCUCACCCCGUUGUGGGGAUUCGAACCGCUGACCUUCUGAUCGGCAAGCCCUAGGCUCUGUGGUUUAACCUACAGCGCCACCCGUGUCCCUGCCAGGCGUUGUAGACAGUACUAAAUUGGAUGGACUAGCAGUCUGACUCUGUAUAAGGCAGCUUGUUCUGUUCCUUGAAAAAAUAAAAAUUGCCGGCCUCUCACAACUGCGGGAAAUGGCUUUUGCUGCAGAGAACUUGAUUUUCGAAAGCAGACCAGGCCAACUCUACAAUCCUAUGAUUCUCUUGCCUGUCCUCCCUUUUGGUAAUAGCCGGUUGCCAGUGAAAACAGCAAGUCUAUUGAGCCCCUGGAUCUGAUGUGAUGUGGCGCAUUUGGCUGGAUGAGGAUUGUUGGUUGUAUAAGCACGAAUUUAAAUUGCUCGUGUGUUUGUGGUGCUUUAGAAAUAACGAGUGACGUACAAGAUUAGUCGUACUUGGAGCUAGACCCAUUGAAAUGAAUGGAGUUAAGUAAAUUUAGUUUAUUGAUUUGGGUAGUCUGACUUAGCUGGAUAUCACACAAGUGUCUAUUUGGGCUCAUAUUAUUUAGCAGUAUCUUCCCUUUGUUUAAGCCUUUCAUAGUUAAGUGGAAUUUUCCCGUAUAAACAUAUGGAAAUUAAAUGAGUGAAAUACGCUUUGCCUGUAAUCUUUUAUUUGUCUCUUGCAAAUAUUAUCAAGUAGUUUCCUGGAAAGAUUUGCAAAAAGUAAAAACUGUCACUUCCUCUUCAUACUCUGGGUUGUAGCCAAUGCCAGCCCUACUCAGAGUAGAUGCAUUGAAAUUAAUGGACGUUGCUAACUUAAGUUCAGUACAACUUGGUUAGGUAUAACCCUUGGUGUUCGCUAAGAGCUAAUAGUGUUCUAACAGUGCAAUGCUAUGCACACGCACAUACCUGGGAAUCAGUCUGGUUGAAAGCAGUGAGCUUUACUUCUAAGUAGUGAUACCUAAGAUUGUGCUGGGUGAACUUUGUGGUUCAGGGUCCAUGUUUUCCGUGCAUUGUUAAAAGUUCUAUGGAUCAAAAAUAUGGUAGAAUACGCAGGAGAGAGAUACCUGUGCAUAUGGGGAGAAGGGGGUACAAGGACAGGAAAAUGCUAGCAGGUGCAAAGGAAGGGCUUUAAAAAUCAUCAUCAUCAUUUGCUCAAGCUGACCAUUACAGUAGUACCUCGGGUUAAGUAUUUAAUUCAUUCCAGAGGUCCAUUCUUAACCUGAAACUGUUCUUAACCUGAAGCACCACUUUAGCUAAUGGGGCCUCCUGCUGCUGCCACGCCGCCGGAGCACGAUUUCUGUUCUCAUCCUGCAGCAAAGUUCUUAACCCCAGGUACUAUUUCUGGGUUAGCGGAGUCUGUAACCUGAAGAGUAUGUAACCUGGAGCAUAUGUAACCCGAGGUACCACGGUAUUUAGUUUGCAAGUCCUCUUGUCAGCUAAGAGAGUAUUAGAGACUUUGAAAUGGUGUAAGCCUCCUAUAUGGAACAGACAAGUGUGUAUGGAGAACAAAUGCAGGAGAGCUGCAACGAUAAAAUUAAAACUCAGGGGAUGGAGGAAGGUGGUGGCUGUUGUAAUCUGGUUUGUGUUGGUGCUUAAAUAUGCGUGUCCCAAACUCACCCUUUUCACUGCUCUAGGAUAACAUUUUGGUAUAGCUACUUUGCUUUUUCCUUCUUCCUCAGAUCCUACCCCAAAGUGUUUCUCCCCCACCCCUCUGCCUUCAUCUCUCUGUAAUCUCUCCUCCUGGAGUCUGGAGGGAAGGCUAAGGACUCUUAAGAACGAAACCUUGGGUUCCUCUCUGACUCACGGCUCUCAGCCGCUGAAUGCAAAUCUUUUUUCACAAACUGCCAGCCGAACAGUGUGAUCGAUAAACAGCUUAAUGCCACCACAGCAACAGCGGUUUUAAAUUGAAGUUACCUGCCAGACCCACAAGGGCAGCUUAUGAGGGAGGACAGUAUAUGGGUCCCAUUUUUCCCUGUAAAAAGGUGAGGGUCAAACCAACAGCUACAACAUGGGAGUGCAAGCAAGGCUGUGUGGUGAUCAGGAUCUGAUACAUUUUAAUUGUAUUGGUUUAAGUGGAAACACUAGAGUAGAAGUCUUUUUUUAUGAAGUAUCAGUUGGCAGUAAUAGCAAUAGGAAUAAUAAAGAUAUAGCAGUCCAUCCGCUGAGGUUUUCUCCUAAGUAAAUGAUUUCCCACAAGCAUUCAGUAGGACUCGUUGUUCCAAAUAAGUGUGCAACAGAUUGUAUUUUGACUGUGGGAUCCUAUACAUGUCUACUCAAAGGUAGAUUUAAUUGAGUCCCAUGUAGCUUUCUUCAUGCUAAAUGGAUUUAGGAUUGCAGCCUGAACAAGUUUACACUGAAAUUGCGCUCGUCUUCUCUGCCUGGAAAGUUUGCUUGAUGGAUAUAAAAUUAUGUAAAAUGAGAAGGGUAGAGUGACUAGAGAAGAAGAAAAACCAACAUUUUGUAUAUUGCUGUGGUUCAGGAUUUCUGAAACUUGUAACAAAGAUUAAAGAAUACAUUCCAAAGAUUUGGAAAUACUCGAAAGACUCGCCUGUAAAAUAAUGUUUAACUUGGGUAUUGUUCGUUGCAGCGAUGGGAAAUCUGAUCUGUUAUAUGCAACUGGUAGGAGAGCUGUAUAUAAUUUCAUUAAACCCUUUUUAAUGGAAAACUGCAUUCUGUUCAGGAGCAGAAAGUCGCUGUUGAGUUCCAAAUUAUACGUGGUAAUUUAUAUAGAUAAUUGCUAUACUGCUGUUUGCGCAGACAAAAAUAAUUUUAAAAAUCAUAAAUUAACACAUGUAGCAAAUCACUAAACAAUAUUUACUGAUAGCAAGAGCAGGACUGAUCAGUGUCUCCUCCUUCAAAAGCAUGCUGGAAACAAUGUGUCAACCAGCCACCUGAAACCAUAAAGAGGUUGGGCCCCCCCAGACCCAGGUCCUACCUUAGAAGGAAGUUCAAACACAAGGAGCCACCACUGGAAAGGCCAUGCCCCAUGCCUUCAUGCCAUGUUCAUCAUACUGAGGAGGAAUCCUCAGAAGGGCCUCAUGAACUGAAGGCAGAAUUCAGCUGAAGCUGAAUAUUCAAGUCGUACAAAUUUCACUUGAGAGUAAAGCAGAAUGUCAAAGCUCUCCAACUGGAAUUUUCUGCUUUGGCUGGUGUUUUCAAAGUUUCUAUAUAGUCCUAUACACAUUUAUCUGAAAAUAAACCUUGAACUUAACGGGAUUAGACAUGCAUAGUAUUGUUCUGUUCUAAGUUACUUUGUAAUAUCAGUUAAACAUCUAAAUUUUUAAUUUUUGAAAAAUCUUCCUAAAACACAUGAAAACAAUUUCCUGUUAAAUAUGAAGCCCAUGCUGUGAUGUGAUAUCUGGGAAUGUGGAAGAAAUUCAGUCCAAUCUGCAAUUAAAUGCAAACCUACCUAAUUUGCACUUUUCUGAAACAGCCGUCCUUCAAAAUUUGUAUUGGGGGAAAUUGUAUUGCAAAAAUACAUAUAUUAAGCAGAAUUGCAUGCAAACAUGUACAUUGGGGGGGGGGAGAAUGCACUAAAAUGAUGAAUUUCCAUGAAGACUUUUUUAAAAAAGAAAAAUUGCAAACUGAUGUGGAAAAUUGAAUUUAAGACUGGAAAAAUGAAGUGGUAGCAUUCUCCAGUAAGAGAAAUGCUCUCUUUACUUACACUGGGGCAGAAGUGUGACCUUUGACUUGGCUUUCCAGACCAACACACUUGAGACGUAUAUUGCAUAAAGCAGGGGUCAGCAAACUUUUUCAGCAGGGGGCCGGUCCACUGUCCCUCAGACCUUGUGGGAGACCGGACUCUAUUUUUUUGGGGGGGGGGGAUGAAUGAAUUCCUAUGCCCCACAAAUAAUCCAGAAAUGCAUUUUCAAUAAAAGCACACAUUCUACUCAUGUAAAAACACGCUGAUUCCCGGACCAUCCGCAGGCCGGAUUUAGAAGGCAAUUGGGCCAGAUCCGCCCCCCGGGCCUUAGUUUGCCAAGCCAUGGCGUAAAGAGAUUGUUGUUGUUUAGUCGUUUAGUCGUGUCCGACUCUUUGUGACCCCAUGGACCAGAGCACGCCAAUCCCUCCUGUCUUCCACUGCGUCCUGCAGUUUGGUCAAACUCAUGCUGGUAGUUUCGAGAACGAGAAGCUCUCGAAGUAAAGAGAUUAGAUUGCAGUAAUCUACCGUAUUUUUUGCACUGCACCAUAACACUCACUUUUUUCCUCCUAAAAAGUAAGGGGAAAUGUCUGUGCAUGUUAUGGAGGGAAUGCCUACGGGUGGCAUGCCUAUGGAUUUUCCUCCUCUAAAAACUACGUGUGUGUUAUGGUCGGGUGCGUGUUAUAGAGCGAAAAAUACGGUAGUUUUUGAAUGGAAGCAAUGAUUUUAAUCUCUCUUUUUUCUCUCCAAAAGUUUGCUAAGUGAAAGUGAGAAGCGUCCCUUUGUUGAAGAAGCCGAGCGCUUGCGAGUCCAGCACAAGAAGGACCACCCAGACUAUAAAUAUCAGCCACGCAGGAGGAAAAGCGUCAAGGCAGGCCAAAGCGAUUCUGAUUCGGGAGCCGAACUGAGUCAUCACAGUGGGAACCAGAUCUACAAAGCAGACACUGGUCUGGGAUCCAUGAGCGAAACUCACCACCACAGUGACCACGCAGGUAAGGAAAGGGGAGGGCGACAGAUUUAUACAGUGGUGCCUCGCAAGACGAAAAGAAUCCGUUCUGGGAGUCUCUUCGUCUAGCGGUUUUUUCGUCUUGCGAAGCAAGCCCAUUGACGGAUUAGCGGAUUAGCGCUAUUAGCGCUAUUAGCGGCUUUUAGCGGCUUUUAGCAGCUUAUCAGCUUAUCGGAUAAGCAGAUAAGCGGCUUAGCGACUUAGAAAAAGAGGGGGAAAAGGGGAAAAAAACCCCAGGAACUCGCAAGACAUUUUCGUCUUGCGAAGCAAGCCCAUAGCAGAUUCGUUUUGCGAGGCACCUCCAAAACGGAAAACUCUUUCGUCUAGCGAGUUUUCCGUCUUGCGAGGCAUUCGUCUUGCGGGGCACCACUGUAAUGGGAAACACCGAGAGGGCUGCAAAAGUCACUCAAGGUGUAAUUGUUCACAAUGUAUAACAGUGUAACAACUUAUAGACACAAUGCUAAAAUGUAGUAUAUAUUUAAUAAAUGAAAGGGCAUGUGCCAUUUCACCCUUUUUCAAAUGCUCUUCCCAGUUGCCAAGCAAUUAAGUCACAUCUACCGCAUACAUUUAAAGCAAAUAGCUUUUCUAAAAGAAUCCUGGGAACUGUAGUUUAAGCGGACUGGCAAUUGUAACCCUCAGAAGGGUAAUCUACAGUUCCCAGGAUUAUUGGGGAGGGAGUGCCUUGACCUUUUAGAGCGGUAGCGCAGUGCAGUGCUUUCAGUGUCUGGUGUGGCUGUGUCCUUGGAGAAAACAGCAUCUAUAUGCAAUGACAGGGCGCAGUUUCUUUAAAAGGGAAGGGAUCUAGCUACGGGUUAGAGCAUCAUCUUUGGCUCAAUCCCCAGCAUCUUCAGAUUGGACCAGGAACCUUUUGGGUAAUAUUUGGGCUCACCUGUUCCCCCUUUGCCAGUGAACAAGGGGAGAACCCAGCCCAUUGCCCACUCUUACUUCUGCACUCCUGUCUCUUGCCCAACACUUCCUUGCAAAAAAAAAACCCCACAGGGAUUCCCUUCACAGCUAUCCGUUCUUUGCUUCUGUUCCUACUUAGUGGUGCCGUCGGUGCAGCUCUUUGAGCAAAUAUCCAGGGUGCCUCUUGGCAGAAUGAGAAGGAGGGUCCCCCAAGGCAGCAAAGUGAGACUUGACCACAUUUUGAAGUCACUGAGCAUCAAAAGAGCCUGUCUGCUGGAUCAGGAUGAAGGAGGCUCAUCUAGUCCAACAUCCUGGUCUCACAGCGGCCAACCAGAUGUCCCACUGGGAAGCCAUCUGCAAGGAUGGGGAACCUGGAGCCCUCCAGAUGUUAUUGGAUUCCAACUCUCAUUGUCCCAGGGCUGUCAGAUACUUUUGCUGAAAACCAUCAGUCAUCACAAAAAUUACAAAUAGUUACAUUGCGAAGUACGUUUUCGCAUCAGUGGUUCCCCACGUCAUGCAGUAAAAUCUCCUGUGGCAUGUUGGGCUGCUAAGGCAGGCACAGAAGCCUUGCAUAAUUUUCUCCCAUUUAUCAGCAGGCAACGUAUUUUUUUCCAUAAUAUUCGGAACAGGGAAACUCUCUGAAAAAUCCCUUGGAGAAAUCACUUCCUGGAGAAUUGUGUGGGGAGCGAUAAAAUUCUCACUGAAGAAUAGUUUCCACCUCUUCCUGGCUGCAAGUAACAUCAGUGCUGAUGGAUAGAUAUUCUAGCAUGUCUCCCAUCUAAAUACGGAGGAGACAUAGUUUGAAAUCUCAAGGUUGUGGGUGCCUUCCGUGUUGGAUCAACCAAUAAUUAAACAGAAAUAAUCUGGAAGGCCAUAAUCAAAUUUCACAGAAUAAUAAUAAAUUAAGUUGCAUAGUUUGGAGAUGAUUCUAUUGGCUGAGGUUGGUGGGAGCUGGAGUGUGACAACAUCUGGGAAGAUGGGAAAGUUUGCCCACCCUAAUCUAAAGCCGCCCCCCCCCCAAAUCCAGCAUCUAAAAUUACCCAACCAUACCACUGCCCACUCCAGACUUAAUCAUGUAUUAAAUAUCUACCCUGCCUUUCCAAAGGAGCCCAGGGUGACAAACAUCAAAAUGUUAAAACAAUACAUAAACAUACUUAAAAUGUGUAAAAGCCAGCUAAUUUUUUUUCCAAAGCAAUUAAAGAAAAAAAUUUCAAAACAUUUAGAGCAUCUAAAAGUGUUUCAAAGUGAUCACAUACCCUCAAAGUUACUGGCCAGUAUAUGUCAGCCAUCGGAUGCCUGGGUAAUACGGUACUUGCCAGAGCAUCAGAGCUUACCCCAGGAAUCUUGUCUCAAUGCUGAGCCCAGGGAAGUGUGCUUGUUCUCUCAUUUGGAGGCGUGUGUGUUCCUCCAUAUCUAUGGAGAACUUUUACAUGUGACUGCCCCAUUUAUUGCAGUGAAAGAAAAAGACGACCACAAACCAGCGUAACUCUGCAUUUCAGCAUCCGCAUUCCAUGCAGGGCCCACUCCUUUGCAUCGCUACUUAAAGAGGGUCUUUGGGUAGCAAGGAGAAAUUUUAGAUCAGCAAAAUGGGGGAGAAGGUUGACGUUUGGCAGUCCCAACUCAAGCCUUCACUACAACUGCUUUUAAGCUAAGGCAAGAGAUCAGAUUGUGGAUCUCUAAUUUGUCUGGCUUGACCCCUCAGUCAACCAGCUAGCCCCCUCGAUGGAAGCUGUAGACCCAAACAUCUGGAGGGUACCAUAUUGGGGCACUGGUUGGUAUAGACCAGAGUGGGGAACCUCCAGAUGUUUCUGAACUCCCAAGAUUCUGUGUGAUCCCUGUUUUCCUUUGGGUCCGAUGUUGGCGCUAAGGGACCACUAACCCAAGACGCUUGAAACGGCUUGUUCUGAACUGUGCUCACAUGGCUUGAAAUGUUCUUUGUCUCCAGGGCAGACCCACGGGCCCCCUACCCCGCCCACCACCCCCAAGACGGACCUCCACCACGGGGGCAAGCAGGAGAUGAAGCACGAGGGGCGCCGCCUAGUUGAGAGCGGCCGGCAGAACAUCGAUUUCAGCAACGUCGACAUCUCUGAGCUGAGCAGUGAGGUGAUCAACAACAUGGAGACCUUUGACGUCCACGAGUUUGACCAGUACUUGCCGCUCAACGGCCACUCUGCCAUGCCGCCUGACCAUGGGCAGAACUCUGCGGCAGGGUCUUACGGGCCCGCCUACCCCCACCCGACCGGCGGCAGCGGGGCUGGAGCCCCCCAGGUUUGGACUCACAAGAGCCCUCCCACCACCUCGCCUCCCUCCAACGAAAGUGGGCAGCAGAGGCCCCACAUCAAGACAGAGCAGCUGAGCCCUAGCCACUACAGUGAGCAGUCCCACAGCUCCCCGACUCACUCCGACUACGGCUCCUACACUGCCCAGGCGUGCGCCACUACUGUGUCCUCGGCCACGGCCACGGCCUCUUUCUCCAGUUCCCAGUGCGACUACACAGAUCUCCAAAGCUCCAACUACUACAACCCAUACCCUGGCUAUGCUUCCAGCCUCUAUCAGUACCCAUACUUCCACUCCUCGCGCCGGCCGUAUGCCACCCCGAUCCUCAACAGCUUGUCCAUCCCUCCCUCGCACAGCCCCACCGCGAACUGGGACCAGCCGGUCUACACAACUCUGACAAGGCCUUGAGAAGGACGGAAGGAGUUGUUGAAGACCUGAGGUCUUCCCUGGACCCCCUCCCCCCCAAAAAAGUAUGCACUACACAAGUUCAGAAAUGGAAUGAAGAAGGCGCAGCCCGUGAAAGGAGCACCCCCAUUUUCCCGUCCCAAGUGCCUCCUGUUCUUCUGUAAUGACUUGGCCAUCUGCUCCAAAACGCUUUUGAAAAGUUUCCAGAAGACAAGAGUUCUAUUUUCUUUAUUAAUAAUAAUAAUUAAUAAUAAUUAAUAAAGCAUCUGGACUGAUGGUUUCCUUUGAAUACAUGAAGGACAGUAUAUUCUAACUCCUCUGUGAGGACUUAAAAGAGAAGUGCCACAAUUCGUACGCAGGACAGUGCAAAGUUAACAAGGAGACGACAAAGGCAUUCCGGGGUCUAUUGCAAUGUGAGGAUGAGUCGGCCUUGGCGCACAGAACCCACCUAGAUUUUAAAAAUCCUAAUCAUUUAAUAAUAUUGAGGGACCACUUGAGAAUCUUUUGGGACCUACCAACCAACUAAUGUCAGAAUUCCUUUGAUUUGUAAUCAAGAGUUCUUCUAAGCAAGGUUUGGCUGUAAUUAACAUUUUUGUUCAGAAGCUUAAAAAAAAAAGUAUGUUAAGCUCAGAAAAAGUGUCUUUUUGUCAUUGUUUUGGGGUAAAUCUGUUAAAUAUGUAUUUAUGUUCUGUGUAAUUUUGUCUUUUUUUGAUUAAUGAAGUAAUUCUGUGCAAGAAGUAGAUUUUUUUUUUUUAAAAAGAGAUUUUAAGGAGCAUAAACUAGUGGAGAAAAUAUGGUUUUCCUGCUCCUUAAAAAGAAGGUGGUGCAGUGCUUUGGUUCAGCCAGUCUUAAAAGCAAAUCUGAAAUGCUUCUCAAAAUAAUUAAAGUGGUUAUGGAAGGAUAUUAUGGAAGGGAAGUGAUGGAUUAGUUUUCAGGGGGAGCAGGGAGAAAAAGAAUCCUUACUGAUGGUAUUUCCUUAUAAUUUGUUGAGGAGUUAUUAUAACAUUGAUACUAAGUUAUAAAUAACAUAUAUUUACUUCUGACCAUGUCGGGCCAGAAAUGAGGUCCAUCAAGUCUAGGAUUCUAUUAAUGAAAUAAACUAGCCAGCUGCUGCUGGGAGCUGAUAAAACAAUGAUCUCAAGGUCCUGCCUGUGGGAUUCCUCCUAAACACCUAUUCUUGGGUUGGACUCGAUGACCCUAAGGUCCCUUCUACAGUUCUAUGAUUCUAAUUAACAGGUAGACUUUUUCUGAUUAUGGUGCUUCUCUUUUGCCAUUGGGGCUUAUAGUCCCUGAGAGCUCCAGCCCUCCAUGAAUUGGUCACUAUCUUUUCCUUUCCCCCAAAAGCCACUGAGGCUCAUGGCAGUACCCUCUCCACCUCAUGAGGUUGAGAAUCCUAAAAAGGCAAUUAUCGGUUGUAUGAAGGAACACUGAGCCUAUUGCCAAUGGGAUCCAAAGGAAGGUAACCCCCUCCCCAAGGUCCAGUAUUAUGGGAGAGGGAGGCAAACUCCAUAGGACUGGUCCUGGAAUGAUCAACAAUUGUGUCUCAAGAGUCUCUUAAAACAAAAAUAUUGACAGGGUUUAACCAGUUCCUAGUUAUGGUUUUUCAUGCUUAUUCCUUCCUGGAAAUGGUUAAAAACAGGCCCAAUGUUAAUUUGGAAGAGCUCCCUUCUCUCUCCAGCGAGGCUACUUCAGCAUGAAUGUGGAAAAAGGAAAAUGGCAAUAAGCCUACCCUCCCCAUGCCAAUUAGUUUCAACACAUUAAAUUAAAUUUGAAGGCAUCAUUGGAUUUUGGGACUGUGCUUGGGAGCACAGCUCGUUCUUGAGAAAUUACAUUUUAAGCAGAAGUUACGGAUUGAGUUUCACUUUAAUGUUGCCUAUUUAGGGACCAGAUGUCAUCCUUCAAAGCUGUGAAAAUAAAAACGUUCUCCACUAUAUUUUGGUUAGUUUUUUAGAUGUAGACUAAUAUUUUGUUGAUGUUUUGUUCCAUUGUAUGCUGAGCAUAUAAUAACCAUCCAACUCUAAUGGUAACGUUGUGCCUUUUAAAAGAAAACUUUAUAAAUCUUUAAAACUUUCAGAGGUUAUCUUAUCUUUUCUACGUUUUCAUAUUCUUGGGGGUUUUUGUUUUUGUUUCCAUUUUGCUGAAAGGUGUUUCUUCCUUCUUUUCUUUCUUUCUUUUUUGCAUAUUGCCUUUUGGGAAUUUGGGGGGAGGUGGGAGAACAAAACGGGGAGGGGCAGCAGCGGCUCCUUAUGCAAUCUAUUUUUCUGUAAAGUUUGAAGGUCGUCUGUUGUUAUCUGUUCUGUUCACUAGCUUUUGACUAAGUACUGCUAACUUUUGUACAGGUCCAUUUGAUAAAAUUAAAAAAAAAAUGCCUUUUA